AUGAUGGAAAUCGAGACACCGCACAGCUUCGAUUGGGCAAACGAUGCCUACGCUGCACUCGACGAAAAGAACGCCAUGAACAGCCACAGGCAGCAGGCCAACCACUGGCCCUUCAGUGCGCCCAUCGCCUCAAAUCCUCUCCCCCAGUCCUUCGCCGUCCCGCCCUCACUUCUCUCGCACGCCACCAUUGAGCGAUUUGGCCAAGUGACCCCCCCGGAGGAUCACUCACCUGCUGAGUCGCCUCGUCGCAACUCGCGCGAGGGCUCCAUUCCAGUCGAACAAUUGAGGAAUGAGACGCUCUGGCCAGAACACCACUUUACUUCGAAGCAAUCGCCUCUUGCGCCACAUGGAGAGCAGCAACAGCUGCCUUCCCCAAAGCGUCGGCGCACUAGCAGGACAGCCUCGGCCAAUGAUUCGCCGCCGAACCUGACCCCCAACCAGGACCCCGCCAGUGCCAGUGCCAGUGCCAGUGCCAACACCAACACCAACACCAACACCAACCCUCAGCCACCCAAGCGCAAGCGGGGACGGCCCAAGUCGCAGCCGCAGAUGGUCGACGCAUUCACCGCCGACGGCUUCCCCUUUCAGGUCUCGUCGGCCCGCCAGUCCCAUCUCGAGAAGAACCGGGUGGCGGCGCACAAGUGCAGGCAACGCAAGAAGGAGUACAUCAACGGCCUCGAGGGCCGAGCCCGUGAGUUCUCCAACAAGAACAAGAUGCUCAAGGAGAGCGUGGCCAUGCUACGCGAAGAGGUUCUCGGCCUGAAGAAUGAGGUUCUGCGCCACGCAGCCUGUGGCUUUUGGGCAGUCGACGAGUACCUCGCCCGCUGCGCUGGAGACCUCUUGGGCAUGCAAGUUCCCUCGUCGGCCCGUGCAACCGGCUCGCGGCAGAACAGCAACCACAGUCUGUCCAUGGCCUCGGAUCCCUAUCAUAGCCAACACAGCCAGACAGAGGAUGCCAUGUCUUUUGGCUCGCGCGAAAGCGACGAUUUCGGUGGCCUCGAGCUGUUGAAAGACUUUGACGACGAAGACAUGGAUGAGCUGGAGAAGAUGAUAUGA